GGGGUUUCCUGGGGAAUUCGUAGGCAGAAGACGAGGCGCCCACCCACCCUCGCCCAACCUGCAGUAACUGCCAUUAGCGCUGCCCCCCUUCCUCUCUGCCCCCCCCCUCGCCGGAGCCGGAGGGGGUGGACUAAUGUGAAAGAGGAAGGAGCCGGUGAGUGGUGACUAGCCAGCGUGCCCUGCCCUGCCCUCUCCCAGCAGGCGAGAGGUCCUCUUCAAAACAGCAGCAGCCCAUCUGGCUGCAGAAGUGCCUCAGAGGGCAGGCAACAUGUGAAUAGUGCAAGCUCGCAGGACAGGGCAGGGCGGGGCAGGGCAGGACAGAGUACCCAGCAGCCAGCCCACUCGCCCAGAGCCGGCCAGCUUGCAUUGCCGGGACCCCUUGGCACUGGCUCCUGGGGGCGACUUCCCAAGGAUCCCCAGCGGGCAGCCUUGAGCCCUUCAGAAGGUGCCAAGCGGACAUUCCCAGAGAACCAUGGACGGUGUAGGAAAUAUGACAAGACUUGGGGACAACCUCAGCUGCCUCUCCACUAUCGAUGACUUCCGCAACCAAGUAUACUCCACUGUGUACUCAAUGAUCUCUGUCAUUGGCUUCUUUGGCAAUGGCUUUGUGCUCUAUGUGCUUAUCAGGACCUCCCACGAGAAAUCUGCCUUCCAAGUGUACAUGGUGAACCUAGCUGUGGCCGACCUGCUCUGCGUGUGUACACUGCCUUUUCGGGUUGUUUACUACGUUCACCGAGGCAACUGGUUCUUAGGGGAUUUCUUAUGCCGCCUCAGUACCUAUGCUCUGUAUGUCAACCUAUACUGUAGCAUCUUCUUUAUGACCGCCAUGAGUUUUUUCCGUUGCGUGGCCAUAGUCUUCCCAGUCCAAAACAUCAACCUGGUGACCCAGAAAAAAGCCAGGGUUGUGAGUGCAGCCAUUUGGAUCUUUGUUAUCCUCAUCAGCUCACCCUUUUUUCUGAUGAACAAAACCUAUCAAGACAGUCAUAACCACACCAAGUGCUUUGAGCCCCCGCAGGACCCAAAGAGUAAGAAAACGGUGAUGGCCUUGCACUAUGUCGCAUUGCUUUUGGGCUUCAUUAUUCCAUUUGUUACCAUAAUUGUCUGUUACACUAUGAUCAUCUUGACCUUACUAAAGAAUUCAAUGAAGAAAAACCUGUCAAGUCGUAAGAAGGCUGUAGGAAUGAUCAUUGUCGUAACGGCUGCCUUCUUGAUCAGUUUCAUGCCUUAUCACAUUCAACGCACGAUCCAUCUGCACUUUUUGAAUAACAAAAGUAAAACCUGUGAGGCCAUCCUGGCCAUGCAGAAGUCCGUGGUCAUAACCUUGUCUCUGGCAGCCUCGAAUUGUUGCUUUGACCCACUCCUCUAUUUCUUCUCGGGGGGUAACUUCAGGCAGAGGCUGUCCACGUUUAGAAAGCAUUCUCUGUCUAGCAUGACCUAUGUGCCCAAGAAGAAGACCUCCUUCCAAGAGAAAGGGGAUGAAUUGUGCAAAGAAUAGGGCCACUCCUCAAGCAAAAAUCUCUCUUCUGUCAAUGAGAGGAGCUAACCGAAUAAUUGUUUGCUAUAAUCAGUUAUAGAUAAAUAGGUAGGUAGAUAGAUAGAUAGAUAGAUAGAUAGAUAGAUAGAUAGAUAGAUAGAUAAUAGAUAGAUAGACAGGUAGAUACGCAUAUAUAUUAAUGCUGCAAAACAUAAAAGGCCUGCAUCUGGAUAUUUGCGCCUGCAAAAUCUGCUUAACUCCUAUACCCGUGUUGUCAUGGAUCCUCAUGACUCCCAAGGUAGCAAAAUUAAGUUCACAGCCCAAAACCAAUUUCUGUAUAGUAUUGUUACCGUCUAGAAACUAGGGACUCCAUACCUGUACUUUAGAGAAGAGUCUGAGUUUAAAAGGUAUCUGAAACAAUUUUCCUUUGGAUGAAAGCCUUGCUAAUUGGGUUUUCAGUAUCUUAGGUUAGCCCUUAGCACUCAGCUGCCAUUCCAAUAUUCACCUUUGCACGUAGGCCAGCUGAUAAUGACUGCGGAAGGAUCAGAAAGCACCCCAUGGACCUCUUAUCAGCGCCAGGAGGAUUGACAAGGACCAUUGAGUACAGAGAGUGCCUACAUGGCCCAGAGGGAAAACGUGCAAGGGCUGGAAUGGUAUAAGACAUGGGGCAAUGGCUAUUCUCAAUGUGUGGCUCCUUACACGGUGGCAACUUUAGCCUGAGGGAGGAUCGUGCUGGUCAAGGGCCAGAUCUGUUUUGGUCAAAGCUAUGUCCUACUUUCUUCUCUGCCCUUGCCCCCUGCCACCCCUGUGGAAUGUUAGUGGGGGCUCUGUUUGCAGAGAACAGGGCCAUCCCUAGGCCCUCUUCAAGUGGCCAAGCAGUUAGUAACCCCUGCGUGGUCAGGGGAAAAUCCCAAAUUCAAUGAGGAAUAGGUUAUGUGAUCAUCCUAUCUGCCACCCCCUGGACUGAAAUAAAAGAGAAGAAAAUUUUAAAA